GUUUCAGACAGUUCACUUCAGACACAGGACUCAACAAGCAACAGACAGAAGAUGCAGCAGCAGAUAAAGAUCCUCUCAGCUCUCAUGGCUCCAUUCCUGCUCCUGUUGUCCCCUCUGUGUGCAGCAGCUUCUGACCAACAUGUGAUGACAGUGCACCCUGGAGAUGACGUCACUCUGAGAUGUGAGGCUGGUGAUGUCUCCAUCUUAGUUGUAGAGUGGACCAGACCUGACCUGGAGUCACAGUACGUCCUCUUAUACAGAGAUGGACGCUCAGACCCAACCAAACAGCAUCCAUCCUUUACAGGCAGGGUGGAGCUGGUGGACAGAGAGCUGAAGGGCGGAGACGUGUCUUUAACUCUGAAGAAUGUGACCAGCAGAGACUCUGGAACAUACGAGUGUCGAGUUGUAGCAGGUGGAUCAAGACACAGAAAGAGAGCCAACAUUGAUGGUGAUCCAAUCACAGUCAUCUACCUGGAGGUUACAGGUGCAGAGAAGGAAAACUACAUGGGUGGAAACACAGAGAGUGAACACCCCGUAAAUGGACCCUUCCCUCGUGGAUACGUUGGACUGGCAGCAGGAGGUGUUGCAGUGCUUCUUUUAGCUGCUGCAGUGUUUGUUGCUGUCUGGAAACAUAAAAGACGUACAGACCAAAGAUCAGCACAGUCUGCUGCUGCUGAUGAAGCAGGAAACAAUCAGCUCAUGUGUCACUCUGCUGUUUGAGACUCUUCACCAUGAUGGUCUGUUUCAACAGAUCAUGUCUCUCCUCCAUGAAUCACUACCUCAUCAUGUGCAGUGAGUUUGAACAGAAUCUGUCAGGUUUUACUGAAAGAUCUGCUCAUAUUUCUUAUACAUUAUUUAAGUUUUCAUGUUGCGUGAAUCCUAUUGUUUUGUGUAACGUAUGUGGAGACAUUUUACUGGAGUAAAUAAUUCUCCCUCCACGAAUCGCUACCUUAUCGUGGUGGAGGGUGACUCUAAAUUGUCUGUAGGUUUGAAUGAGAGUGUGAAUGGUUGUCUGUCUCUAUCAGUAUGUUUACAUGCACGCGGUAGUCGAGCUAAGCUCAUAGCUCGGCUAACCAGUCAAGUCGGACUUUUUGUCUUGUGUGAGUAUACAGGAGAGAAAAUCAAAUUUCUGACCAAGUACGCCUGACUCUGCCUCGAUAGGCGGCGCUGUGUCCUUUUUUGAUAUAGUGCGUUAUGAACUAGCUGAACUACCAUCCAUAAACUUCAACAUGUUUAGCUCCUUUGGCUGUCGGAGCAUGAAUGUAGCUUCCUCGUCCGUCCAGAAGUGCUUCUUCUGCUUCUCGGUUGCCAUGGUUUUUGUUUGUUUGUUUUUCUGGGAGUUAUUGAACUGCUGCUACGUCAUCUCCUUCUUCUUCUGGGUGAAGGCCCACGAAAGAAAAAGUGCUGCAUGCCCAGAACACGGAGCCCGACUCCAGUCAGAUUAAGUGGAUACAUGCAGCAAUAGUUCCAUUUUCAAUCAAAUUAUCUAGGUGUGUUAGUUGAGCUACAGAUUGUCCAAUUUCAGUCAAGCUAAACUGUUUACAUGCAUUUAAUCAUUUGAUUUUCUCAAGCUGCAUGUAAACAGAAUCAGAAUCAGAAUCAGAAAUACUUUAUUGAUCCCCGAGGGGAAAUUAUUUAUGUUACAGGUGCUCCUUGCAAGAGAGGAAAGAUACGUGAAAAUAUAAGAAAUUUAAACAAUAGUAUUUACAA